AGCUUGUAUGUAUAGAAACCCCUAUAAUUAAUCAGCAGCGUCCCUGAUAUUGAUACUUCGAUUAUCUCCACCUGCCUGGCAGUUGUUACUUAUGGUCUGGAGUGGUGGUUAUUAUUUACUUGCUGGUGUAUUUACCAAUAUUAUAGAAGCAUCGAGUGCCAAUCGAUAAGCACUGGAAUUGUCGGGUUCAUAAAAAUUGCAACUCUUUAUAAGAAUUGAGGCAGCAACUCUUGGUCCAUUAAUUGAACUUUGUGCCCGACGUGUAUCCUUAGCUGUUGACAAAAGUAAUAGUUUUUAUUUUUAGAUUUUCUUUCUUUGAAUUUUAUUUUGAAACGUUCGUAGUACGAACUUGGUACGGUCAAACUGAACAUGAACGACACUUUGUCAUCCAUCGGCAUGGAUCUAAUCCUGCACGGGAUACGAGAACUUCAGGAUUUGAGGGGAGUGUUGAGACGCCCCCAGAUUCAGGUGACGGUGGGGCUGUUCCUCUUCGUCCUCUUGUGCCUGACCUCCUAUGCGAUCAUGACCCUGACGAGGAAGGCACGCAUGUUGAGAAAGUUCCCAGCUGCGUGGAAACUCCCCAUCGUGGGGUCAAUUCCACUAAUGCUGGGUUCACCCGAAUCAAUGUCGUCCAGAGUUGCAAUUGGAACGUGGUUGUGGGGGAGAGUUUUCACGUUUUGGUUGAGCCACAUCCCGUACCUCGUCAUCACUGAUGCCGACGCCGUCCAAAAAGUCCUGUCCUCCACAAAGUACAUUGAGAAAGGGAAGAACUACAAUCAGUUCGAAUGGCUCUUGGGGAACGGACUCAUCACUUCGAACGGGCACAUGUGGAAAGAAGACCGCCGUUUGUUGAGCCCCUCUUUUAAGUAUCAGCGAUUUGACGGUUUCCUGACCUACUUUAACAAGCACAGCAAAAUUUUGGUUGAAAUUUUGGACAAAGUUUUCGUGGAGGGUAACAGUAAGAAGGACAAAUCUGGGGGGAAGGAAAAGGACGUCAACCUUCAUCCCUACUUGAGCAGAGCCACCAUGGACUUCAUUUCGGAAUCUGCUCUGGGCCUUGAUUCCAAUUUCCAAUCGGAUAUUCAUGCAAAAUUUCUGGAAGGAGUUCACAUGGCGCUUGCUGCUGUCAGAACGAGAGUAACCCGACCAUGGCUAACUGUCCCAAUUAUUUGGGACAUAUUUGGCUUCGGAAAGGAGGAAAAAGCUGCGACGGCUGUGUUCAGCGAAAUUAUGAACGAAAAUAUCUUGAAACGAAGGGAAAUCCUGUCGAACAACGAUGGAGCCAUCGCAGGAACGAAACCAUUUAUUGAUGCUCUUCUUGAUUGUAAAUCCAACAAGGAUAUUACCGGACACAUUCACACAAUCUUCGGGGCUGGAUUUGAAACGACGGCGAGUGGGAUGAACUACACCCUCUUCCUUCUCGCUCUCAACCCACACUUGCAGGCCAAAGUUCACGAAGAGCUGGACCAAGUGUUGGGGAAGACCUCUGAAGACCUCGACGUCACAUUUGCGCAUUUAGCCGACCUCAAGUACUUGGAAAUGUGCAUUAAAGAAACGCUGCGCCUCUUCCCUCCAGCCCCGGCCAUACUUCGCAAUGCCGUCGAAGACAUUCCGUUGGAGACUGGCCAGGUCAUCCCCAAGGGCGUGGACAUGCUCUUCUUCCUCCGAGAUGUCCAUUUAGACCCGAGACAUUUUCCGAACCCCGGAAAGUUUGAUCCGGACAGGUUUCUCCCUGAAGCGUGUGCCUCUCGACACCCUUACGCCUACAUUCCCUUCUCUGCAGGGCCUCGAAACUGCCUCGGGUUGAAGUACGCCAUGGUACAAAUGAAAUGUUGCUUGUCCCACAUUCUCCGACAUUUCAAGGUGUCAACCCAACAAAAAAGGGACGAUUUGAAGAUUGUUUACGGAAUGGUGUUGGAAACUUCCCCUGCAAUCGAGCUGACACUGACCCCGCGAGAACAAUGAGAAACUGUGAAACAGGAAAACUGUGCUAUAAGCAAUUAAAUAUUUCGAUAAAUUAAAAUGUUAGUUACAAAACCUUGGCAGAAAGUCUAGUAAAUAAAAACCUACGUGCAGACUUGUUGCAGCCCGUGUCAGGCAAGUUGUGGUUAUCACCCAA